GCAAUUCCUCCCCAAAUCGGCAUAACCUGAAAUUUCCACCUUCCGGCGUGAAGGAGAAGCGGCGACGGUAAUUAUUAGUAUGAAGAAGUCCAAGGAUCCGUUUGAGAUUGCUUUCGAGGAGCAGGAGGAAUCGCCACCGGAGUCGCCGGUGGGUAUUGAUGAGAAUGAAUCACAAGCUGCAGCGGGGCCCGGUGGUGGGGAUCAAGACAUGAAUGCGAAUGAUCUUGCCGCUGGUCCGUCAACUGCAGCUGCUGGGUCAGUUCCCAUGGAGACAGCUGCCCAAGUUGGCAAGAAUAAAGAAGAGGACGAGGACGAAGAAGAAGAGAACAUGGAUGUUGAGCUUGGCAAGCUUCGACCUAGUGGUGAUCCUACGAAAACAGCUAAGAUGCAGGAAAUUUUGUCUCAGUUUACAGAGGAGCAAAUGAGUAGGUAUGAAUCGUUUCGAAGAUCUGGAUUUCAGAAAUCUAACAUGAAAAGGUUAUUAACAAACAUGACUGGAAGUGCUAAGAUCUCCAUACCUAUGACUAUUGUGGUAUCUGGAAUAGCAAAAAUGUUUGUUGGUGAGCUUGUCGAAACAGCCAGAGUAGUGAUGUCGGAGAGAAGGGAUACAGGGCCGAUCAGGCCGUGCCACAUGAGAGAAGCAUAUCGUAGACUAAAGCUUGAUGGCAAAAUCCCCAAGAGAUCGGUACCUAGGCUUUUCCGAUGAAAGAAGCACCAAUGUCUAUGCAUCAUCUCCUUGUCUACUUUAAAGAAUAUGCAUAUGAUUUUAUUUAGGGUCUAUUUGUUUGUCAGGAUUAAAUCUCAUUCAUUGAUUUUCAUAUUUUGAUGUA